AUGCCUAAUCUCAAACCUCCGGUUGAAUUAAAGGACCGAUCAAAUGUCCCCAUUCGAAAUUAUAUGCUAGAUGAAGCUUCCAAAAAUGAUUUUGAUUUUUCUCCAAUUUUCUUUACUAAUUGCUGCAAACUAUGGGCUGAUGCUGGUGUUCAAGAAGCGUUUGAACGUUCAAAUGAGUAUCAAUUAAUCGACUGUGCGAAAUACUUCCUGGACCGAUCAUUAGAAUUGGCCAAACCGGAUUAUAUUCCCACUGAACAGGACAUCCUGCGUUGUCGUGUUCUCACAUCUGGAAUUUUCGAGACCAAAUUCACUGUAGACAAAGUGCAAUUCCACAUGUUCGAUGUUGGUGGACAGAGGGAGGAAAGGCGAAAAUGGAUCCAGUGUUUUAACGAUGUCACUGCCAUCAUAUUUGUCGCCGCCUGUUCGUCCUACAACAUGGUUCUGCGAGAGGAUCCCAACAAAAAUCGAGUUAGAGAGUCUCUCGAACUUCUAGGCUCAAUUUGGAACAAUAGGUAA